AUCUUUCAUGUUUUCUCAGGAAAAUACUCACAUUUUCCAUAAGAAUCCGGUUGUUGUAGAACUGGAGCUUUUUGUAACAGCAUAGAAAGCCAUUUUUUUAAAUGAUCAAGCUCCUUCAUUUUUAAUUACUGAAAAUGAGCGACGACAGCAAAACUUUCUCACUAUUUGUCAAAGUGAGCUUACCACCUGGACUGGAGCAAUGUCUGGAGGACUUCACCUCAGAGGUUUUGAAGAGAAAACCGAUCAACUUGAAAAUAUUUGCCCAACAGCACUUUGACCAACGAGUUCGGGACACUGGAGAUGAAAAUAAAGAAAAUUCUGAAAUGGAGGAGCAAAAUAAUGAUGAUGAAGAGAAUACAGUCGAUGAUGCCAAAAAUGAUGAGGAUGCUGAGGCCAAAUCAAUGAAAGCCGCAGAAGAGGAGUCAGCCGAUCAAGAAGAAAAUCCUGAAACAGAAGCAGCUGAACAAGAGUUUCCAGGGAAAGACUUAGCAGAUGAAGACGAAUAUCUGCAAGGCAUUGUUAAUUUGUUUGUUGAACAGAAUGAUUUAGCAGAAAAAGGAGCAGAUCAAGAAGAAAAUCUCGAAACUGAAGCAGCUGAAGAAGAAUUUCCAGAUUCUGGAGAAUUAUUAGACGGAGACGAAUAUCUGCAAGGCAUUGAUACAUUAUUUUUUGAAGAAAAUCUAGCUGAAAAAGGAUAUGACGAAGAAGCUGCUGGUCUUGGUGAAAAUGCCAAAUCAGAUAAAACCUCAUUAAUCCACCAACAACCCUCCAAUGAAACACCAAUAGUUGAAAAGGAGCUCACAACUAAAGAGGCUGCUGAUACUGAAGAUGAACUAGUGUCCAACAAAGAACCUCCAGCUGGGGAAGAUGCAACAGAUGAAGAAAAUGCAGCCACAGAAGAAGAUGCAGAAAUACACGAAGAUUCGGAAGAAGAAAGAGCUCAUGGAGACAAGGAGCCACAAGCUGUGAGAUCAGCAUCCCCAAGUGAUAACUCUAGCAAACAAAAAGAUGAUGCAAGAGUAAGAACACUCAAUGAGCUUGAGCCUACAGACCAUGAUCCUCAAACAGAAGCAGAUUUUUCAUCCCACAAAGACAAUACUGUUCUAAAUACUCCACGAACUCAAGAAGAACCAGAAGAUGCAACCGUUUUAGACGCUGAAGAAGAACAGGAAGACAGUGAUGAGGAGGCAUUAAGUGAUUAUGAGGAAAUUGAUGAUGAUGAGCCACCCAAAAGAAAGAAGAAACACAAGAAAAAGAAAAAGAAAUGGAGUCAUAAGGUUUAGAAGUAAAAUCAGAUAUUCGACAAAUUUCAGAAUUAAUGGAUCAUCUGUAUGAGGAAAUACAGUACGACAAAGAAGCAGCAGUUUAUUAAGUCGAGGAAGAUAAGUUGCAUGAAGAGUUAGAUCAAAAGAAGAGGAAGAAAAAAAAAAGCGGAGAAAGAGCGUGGAAGAAGAAGUCAAGAAAAAAAACCGCUGACAAACAAAUGGCUGCAGAGGAAUAAGCAGUAAAUGACAAAAAGUUACAAAUAGAUGAGGACACAACCAGAAAUGUGCCUUUCAAAUUCAGAAGAGGGACAAAUGACAGGAUACUCUGCCAAGAAUGAACAAAUUUCAAUUUUCUUCGUAAAGAAUGUGCCACCAAAAGGUCUGAGCUGUUUCUGGGCGCAUUUGAAAUGAAAAUACUCCAGAUUUUUAAUGAUGAGUAUAGAAAAUUCUCAAUUGUGCAGUUGAACAUCUUUGAGUCGAAUUGCAGGGGAACAGAAAAAAAAUUUGACUUAGGAAUGUUCUGAGUUAUAGAGGUUCCAAGUUAGGGAACCAAGCAUUUUUGUUGUGAGAAACAUGGAAGAAUUUAAAGAAAUUGUAAAUAGUGAUAUUCUGGGCAUUUAACUGCUUCUUAAAUGAGUUGACAGGAUGCUGAACUUCAAGUCAGCAAUCUAUUUUUCCGAUUAGUCAUUCACUUCUUUUCAAAGCACAUCAUUACUUUUUUAUUGCUUUUAUCUUUUGGACAAGAAAAUAAUAGGCAAGAGGUCUCAGAAAAUUUGAGUUGGAGAGGUUUUGGAAAAUUAGCUCUUGAGUUAGAGAGGUUUUUAAUGCAUUGUUUUGAAGGGAAUUCAGACAGGUCUUCAGAUAAAAAAACAACUUGGGCUGAUAUUCAGCUUAUAGGGAGG